ACAAAAAUGGCGUCUGAAAUUCAGAAUGUAGAUGACCUGAUUAAUUGCCUGAUGGGCAUGGGCUUUGAGUUCACUGACUGCCAGGAAGCUGUUCAGAAUGGAAAGCUUACUGUGGAAGAGGUCGUUGAAUGGAUCCUUGCUGGAAAACCUUCCUCUCAACCGGCUUCAUCAGCAGGCUCACUCCGCCUUAGGAGAGACGAAGAAGGUGGACUUUCAAGGCUGACAAAUCCAUUUAUUCCGGAGGGCCAAGAGGCGGCUGAGACAAACUCACAGCCUUCAGCCCUUGAUGCCUUCUCGCCACCAAAUCCAUGCCCUGCUAUUUCUGCAAACAAUCCACUGGCCAUACCAGUCCCAGUCGAGUCUCCACCAGUCCUAGCUUCUCCAGUGGAUGGCACAGAUCUAGUGAGUCGGAUGCACAUGAGUGACGAACAGCGGAUAAUCAAGUUAAAAUUUGAGGAGAAACAGAGAGAUGAGGCAAAGAAAGCUGCACACAAGAACAAAGUGCUGGAAAAACAGGCAAAGGAACAGGCUUUAAAGUCCAUUGCUGAAGACCGAGAGAGACAAAAGAUGAGAAACCAGGCCAGGGCAUCACAAUCUGUGGGAAGUAUGGCUUCUCCCACAGCAGAACCAGUCCAGAGUACUAGUCCGAAACCAGCUCCGGCCAAAUCUGAUAAGAGCCUGUUACAGAUUCGCCUACCAAAUGGUCGAGCACUGCGGCAGACGUUUCAGGCCUCGGCUGUGUUGCAAGAAGUCUGGGACUUUGUCGUUGCAGAAUGUGACGAAUGCGACAACACAUUUCACCUGAUGCAGCCGUUUCCAAAGAGAGAGUUUUCCUCCGCUGGUGAUAUGCAGAAAUCGCUUCAAGAGUUACAGCUUACACCGUCGGGCUCUCUGGUGCUGAAGAAAUCUGAAAAAGCAGCUGAAGACUCUCCACAUGAAAUUCCAGACGUUGAGAUGGGUGAAGAGGAACAGCCUGCCAGGAUUGGUGCACCUGUCCCACAUCAUCCCCCAGGGACAGGCAUAGAACAGGUGCUGUUUGGUUCUGGCAGGGGUGGUGGUCACCCACUUGGAGGCGCUAACCAAGCGGCACAUCACUGGGGUGCAGGACAUCAACUUCAAGGUGGGAAUGAAGACCAUGCAAAUGCUGACCCAGAGCCAAUGCAAGUGGGAGGUGCUGAGCAUUUCCACAUCGAAGAUCAUGCAGAUUCAGAUGAAGAAGACGAGGGCUAUGAUGUGGCUCACCAGGGAUGGGUGGACCACCAGGGAUGGGUGGACCACCAGGGAUGGGUGGACCACCAGGGAUGGGUGGACCACCAGGGAUGGGUGGACCACCAGGAAUGAGGUAUGCCAGGGAUGGGAGGGCCACUAGGAAUGGGAGGUCCUCCAGGUUUUGGAAUGUGGAACCAGGGUGUUGGUCACCAGUGGGGGGAAGGACACCGGAUGGUGGAGGAAGAUGGGCCUCAAGCACAGCAGCCUGAGCAACCCGUGCAGCACCUAGCAGUUGAGGCUGCAAGACGGCGCCUGGCUGAAGCACCUCGCCAGGCCCAGGAUAAGCUACCUCCACCUGCACCGUUACAUGACUGCCAUCCGCUGGUCCAGCUUUGCAUGAAGCAUUUAACCUCAAGAAUAUGCGAUCCAAGAACCCAGAUGACACUAUCUGGUCUGCCUGAAGGUCUCGCUGAGCGAUUUCUGAUGCAUCUGAUAAAGGAGAAACUUCUAAAGCCGAAAACAUUGCAGUUGUUUCUCUCAUGCCAUCUCAGGAAAGUGGUGCUGGACUGUUAUCCUUAUGCAACUAAUGAACUACUGGCUGCACUGAGAUUCCACAUGAACGUCGCCCAUCUGAGUCUGUGUUACUGCCCUCUGAUCACUGAUCGAGGUCUCCAGUCAAUCGCCUCCUUAAAAAGGUUAAAGACGCUCAACUUGGGGAAUUGCCAACAGAUCACCAAUAACUGUGUUCAAGUAUUAAGAGACCUUCCAAAUUUGGUGAUGGUAAAUUUAGAAGACUCGCAAGUGAGUGAUGAAGGCGUGAUGUUAUGGACAACUGAACAUACCCAGCCUGAUUGCCUACAGAACCUCAACCUAAACAGAACUGCUGUCACACAUGAAGUAUUACGUUUACUAAAGGCAUUCGUAUCACUCCGCACCUUAAGUCUCGAAGGGACAAGAAUCUCAAGUCUCUCCGGCGUAGAACUGUUACCAAAACUAGAAAGUUUCAACGUGGCGUCGACCCAGAUUGUAACAGAGUCACUGAUAUGUUUGAGGAGCUGUCCGAACUUGACUGCUCUGAAUAUAGCGAAUACUCAAAAUGUCCACGGCGACAGUGCACUACAGAAUCUAUCAGGACUUCGACUGUGCCUUCUUCAACUUCCAGUGAGACAUUCGACAACUAUGGCAGGUUUAUCUCACCUUACAGAAAUGCCACUUCGCGAGCUAGAUUUAACCAAUUAUACAAAUGUUGGAGAUGAAAGUAUGCAAUACAUUGGACAGAUCAAAAGCCUGCGGAAACUCCUGCUUGGAAACACCAGGGUAACAGGUGCUGGCCUCCGCUUUAUAGAAGGUUUGAGUCAGCUGGAGGUACUCGACCUCGACAGAACUAUAAUCGGCGAUGAUUCUGCUGCAACAUUCUGUGCCUUCAGACAGCUGCAAGAGUUAAGUUUAUCAGAGACUGGCAUCAGUAGCAAAUUCCUGAGGUUAACUGCUCUCAACAACUGUGUCAACCUCUGUAAGCUGAACCUGAGUAGAACAAGUAUUACUUCAAAAGGUGUCGCAUGUCUUAUUCUUCCCAGUCUCAAGCUACUGAACCUGGAUGGCACCUGCGUCAAGCCUACAGCCGAGGCCGUCAUCAGAAAAAAUUGUCCGGCCGUCGGGUGGAUCAGUAUGAAAAAUCUUAUCCAGCCACCCGAGAGUGAUGAAGACAACUGAAGACCUGUCCUUGUGUUGGAAAUUCAGUGACGUUUUGGAAUUUCAUGUUUUGUGCCAACAUACUGUUUUUAUAUCGAGAACAGCCGAUUCAAUUUUUCAAUUCAUGAAGAAGUCAACGUAUGGCAGGACGACAUGUUCUAGUAUUUUAGUGUUGAGAAGAAGAGUAUUAUUAAGUCCUCAGUACAAUAUGUAAGUUAAUCAUUAAAAUGAAAUUUAAUUUCA